CGUUGUUUUACCUUCUAGUAGUACUGCUUGCGAGAUAAAGGGUGAGUACACAAUAUUCAUGUGAAAUUGGACAAACUAUAACGGCUAGCACUUUUAAAAUAGGAAGGUGUCUAAGAUUACUAAGUCGUUAUAGUGCUGUGCCUUACUCACUCUUUAUCAGGAAUUAAGGCAUGAACUGAUUGACUACAACAAGCUGUACCAAUCACAUAUAGGUGUAGGGCUUUUCCCACAGUAGCGGCAUGCAGCAUGUUGUGAUGGCACACAUUGACAGCAAGGAACCGCCCUUCCAUGCCACCCUUCAUUACGACACUGUACAUGAAACAGAAAGAGAGCUAUCUGGUAUAUCCACCUGGAGGGAACCGGAAGGCUCUAAGCUCAUCAUAGAUGCCUGGCUCUACCCCAGUGCGCCAUCCUUUCUCUCUACUUGUGGGGUACUGAGCUCUUUCCUCCGAUCCUCGCUGCUCUCCCGACCUCUUCUCAAGCCACAAAUAGCCUUUGGCAAUACGUACACACUACUACACAGUAGUCUGCUGGUCCCUCCAAUACUCCACUCGGGCGCCAGCUAGAUAAUAUGAUCCCGUCUGGGGGGAGCGAGCUCACAGGUCACCCGCUCAGAUUCUGGGCCGUUACGGCUCGCAAUUUC